GACUAGUGAGAGGACUUUCCAGAAGUGCCAGCGUUUCAACUUCCAACGCCUCUUUAUUUACUUUUCUUCCAUUCUUGAAAUCAGAGGGAUAUGUUCUCCGUUUUCAAAAUUCUUUGCUUGGAAAGCAUCGUCAUUUUCACUUUCCCUUUCCUUUGUUUUUCUUUCUUCUGCGUUUGUAUUACCACUGCGGCAGAUUAGAAGUUUAAGAAUCAUCAUAAUGAAGACGAGGAAAUUUUGAGUAAUCCUGUGAUGUUUAUGCGCUUCGCCGGCGAGGGAGUAUCUCCUUUUGGUUAGUUUUGCUCCGGUUUGAUUUUUGGCUUGAUAGCUAUGCUAGCUAUUAUCACAAAUACUUGAUAAUAGUAUCCAAAAGGAUUGUACUUCAUCUUCGGCAUACCAAAACAUUCGUGAGAAAUUCUAUUCUGAGAAAUCCGCCUCAUGUGUAGGAAAAAUAAAAUGGAACUAUCAAGAAAAAAGAUUUUUCUAAUUUCACAUGGAACUGAAAUAGAAUUCUAAACAUUUUGAAUAGUCUUUUAGGAUCUACGUUGCUGCUUAACAAAAUGGAUUCAGCUGGAAAUGAGAAAUCCAUUACACAAAAUCAAGCAGAACAAGGAACGACGACACCAAAAGGUUAUAACGCAACGGAUCAAAUAACUCUUUGCAAUAUUACAUUGCAGCGGGAAGUUUUAAAUGGUAAACAUCCAGGAAAUAAGUUUUUGAAGUUCAGCUCGUUCAAUGGUUUUUCUUCUUAUUCAAAUUCUUGGAGGUUCUGGGAUCAAACAAAAAAAGAUUCUGGUUCAGUUCCUUCAAAAAAUUCUAGUCCCUCCAAACGUUUUCAUAUUUCCUUCAUUAGGAAAAUAAACUGGGAUAGUUUGCGGUUUAUGUGCAAGACCUGGAUAAAUGAUCCUAUGAACAUGGCUCUUUUUAUUUGGUUUAGUUGUGUUGCUAUUUCUGGUGCUAUCCUCUUUCUGGUUAUGACUGGAAUGCUGAACGAUGCUUUACCAGAGAAAUCCCAACGAGACACAUGGUUUGAAGUCAGUAAUCAAAUCUUGAAUGCUCUAUUUACUCUUAUGUGUCUUUAUCAACAUCCAAAGCGAUUCUAUCAUCUUGCACUUUUGUUCCGCUGGAAAACAAAGGAUGUUCCGAUGCUAAGAACAAUAUAUUGCAAAAAUGGAAUGCAGAAGCCUAAUGAGAGGAUGCAUAUUUCUGUUGUGGUUGUCCUUCUCCAUCUGAAUUGUUUUGCCCAGUAUGCUUUGUGUGCUAUCAAUUUAGGCUACCCCAGAUCGAAACGACCGGCUGUUGGAGUUGGUAUACUCAUUUCAAUUGCAUUCGGUGCAGCAGCUAUUGCAAGCUUAUACAUCAUUCUUAGUCCUCUCAGUAGAGAAUAUGCAACAGAAACUGAUCAAGAGUCACCAAGUCAGAUUACCUUCUCUCCUGAAAAGAGAAACUCUUUAAUGUUAGAAGACGGUAGAGUCGCCGAAACCGCACCGCAAUGGAUUGGGGGACUCUUUGAUUUCUGGGAUUAUGUUUGUUUAGCUUACCUCUCAUUAUUCUGUAGCUGCUGUGUGUUUGGAUGGAAUAUGGAUCGGCUCGGUUUUGGCAACAUGUAUGUUCACACUGCAACUUUCCUUUUAUUUUGCCUUGCUCCUUUCUUCAUAUUCAACUUGGCAGCAGUCAAUAUUGAUAACGAAGCAGUUCGAGAAGCGUUGGGUAUCACAGGAUUUGUGCUUUGUAUCUUUGGUUUGUUGUAUGGUGGUUUCUGGAGGAUUAAGAUGAGGAAGAGAUUUAACCUUCCUUCAAACAAUUUCUGCUGUGAUAAGCCUGAUAUAACUGACUGCUUUCAGUGGCUUUGUUGUUGCCCAUGCUCUUUAGUUCAGGAGGUUAGGACAGCUGACUCCUAUGAUGCAAUUGAGGGUAAGUUUUACUUGAAGAAAAAUAUUGAUGAUACCCAGCUUGUGUUGACUCCUUUGCCUAGUGAAGAUGAAUCUAUGCUAUUCAAAUCAAGCAAUAGUUCUCCUUUUGUGAAAAUCUCCAGUCCAUCCAUUGUUAGGAUGGAAUGAGCUGCAACUUACAGUAGUUUUCUUAUGCUAGAGGAAGACCUGUUUGGCCGUGCAAUAUCGCUAUUUCACUUUGUGAUAUAACAAUAUCAACAACAUCAAUUCUUUAUCCCACUAUGUAAGUGCAUUGUAUAACAAAACCCCAUUACAUUC